AAUGACGAUCGAUAUACUAGUUUUACCUGCAAAAAAAAUUCAAAUGGAGCUCAUGAAAUUCAUGUCUCAAAUUAAACAUUCAGAGCAAAUCAAUACUCUCUACCUCCUUCUGCUUCUCAUACCAUCUUUCCUAUUCUUCAUCCUCAAGCGCUUUAAAACUUCAUCCAAGUUCAAAUCCUCACCACUCCCACCAGGCCCAUCUCCAUGGCCAAUUCUAGGAAAUAUCCUUCAAAUUGGAGAAAGACCUCACCUGGAUUUCACAAGCUUUGCUAAAACCUAUGGCCCUCUCAUCUCUCUUAGAUUUGGAAAUCAGCUUGUCAUUAUUGGCUCAUCGCCUGUUGCUGCAACAGAAAUUCUCAAGGCUCAAGAUCGAACUUUAUCUGGCCGAUACGUUCCUCAUGUUGCACCAGCUAAGAGUUUGGAAGUUAACAAUUUAUCACUUGGAUGGACUCUGGAGUGCAAUGAAUAUUGGAGAAACUUACGUACCAUUUGUCGAGGAGAGCUAUUCUCGAACACGGCAAUAAGUUCUUUUGCUUGUAUAAGAGAGAAAAAGGUAAUGGAAAUGUUAAACUUGUUACGUAAAAUGCAAGGUAAGGUGGUGAAAAUUAGAGAUGUGACAUUUGCUGCUGUAUUUAAUAUAGUUAGUAAUAUUUUGGUCUCGAGAGAUCUUAUUAACUUGGACGAUGAAAGUUUAAGUGGGGAGACGGGUAAGCUUGUGAGAGAUAUCAUGGAGGUAGCUUCUGCUCCAAACAUAUCAGAUUUUUAUCCUAUAUUAAGUCCAUUUGAUCUACAAGGGUUAAGAAAGAAGUCCAAUGAAUUGUGUGAUAGAAGCUCUAAGAUGUGGGAGGCAAUCAUUAAAGAAAGAAAGGAGACGAUGAAAAAUGGAGAUGCUUCAACCCAAAAAGAUUUUCUUGAUGCUCUCAUGAACAAUGGUUGUCCUGAUGAACAAAUAAAUAUGCUUCUUUUGGAGCUGUUAUCUGCUGGCACAGACACUACUAGUUCCGCAGUUGAGUGGAUAUUAGUAGAGUUGUUGAGGAAUCCAGUAUGCAUGAAAAAGGUUAAAGAGGAACUUGCUAGAGAAAUCAAACAAGAAAAAUCGAUAAAAGAUUCUCAUUUGACCAACAUACCAUACCUUCAAGCUUGUAUGAAUGAAGCAAUUAGGUUACAUCCUCCUUCGCCGCUUCUUCUCCCUCACCGAGCCACUGAAUCAUGCCAAAUCAUGGGCUACACCAUCCCAAAGGAUGCAAUGGUUUUAGUGAAUUUUUGGGCUAUUGGACGAGACCCCACUCACUGGGAAGAUCCAUUAGUAUUCAAACCGGAGAGGUUUCUUAACUCAAGUUUGGAUUUCAAAGGGAAUGACUUCCAAUACAUACCCUUUGGUGCAGGAAGGAGAAUAUGCCCUGGCUUACCAAUGGCCGCAAAGCAUGUUUCCUUGCUUGCUGCUUCCUUGAUCCAUUUCUUUGAUUGGUCUCUUCCACGAGAUAUGGAUCCAAAUAACUUGGAUAUGUCUGAGAAGUUUGCAAUUUCCAUGGUGAAGGAUGAGUCUCUCCUUGUGGUUCCUAAAAUUAAAAUUUAAGGCAAAUAAUUAUUCUAUGUCUCCUUUCAAUAUUAUGCAUAUUAGUAAGUUAAAUUCUGUUGAAACUUUUUUAUUGUAUGUGUACGGGGUCUUACUUUUUAUCAUCUACAUGGGAUACGUUGGGAAAAGUACCUAAAUAUUUAUCAUGCCUAAUAAACAGUUUGGCUAAUUUCGUAUCACUAGAUUUUGUAAUUUAGAUCUAAAGAUUAUAGAUGCAUAGUUUGGCAUCGUGCUUCUUGAUCCCAGCAUAAAUGAAGUAAUUACUUUCCAUGUGUAGUCAA